CUAUUCUCCCAUCGGUGAUCGGACGUGGUUGCGAAUGCGAUUUUAACUCGAAAUUCUAGCUUUAUUUGUCGUCUAAUUAAAAGUCAGCAUGCCAGUCAUGAAAGAUCUGAUCAGAGGUCUGUAUCGAGGAGCAAACAGACACAAAGAGAUGACCAGCAAACGGGCUAAUAAACACUUUCACCCGAGUCGGGGAAUACAACCUACAGGAAUAAAGGUCGGCUUAAGAUUCAAGAACGUGAAGGAGAUGAUUCCUGAGAUUGUCGUUCCAAAUCUGGACGGAUUCACGUUGAAGCCGUACGUAUCCCACAAAUGCCCAGACACCGAGCAGCCUGCUAUCACUGCGAGGGAGCUCUUUGAUGCCUGUAUCGCACCGCAGGUCAGGGCCGACUUCAAAGCCGGAAAGUACUCCGACGCCAGCACAGAGACCGACAACAGUCAGGACACAAAGAGCUGAUGACUUUAGUAUACAUAUUUUGUGUUUGUAAAUUAUGCAAUGGAGCCAGACGUCUAUUUCACGAAACUUUACUGCUAUGGUGUAAUUCCACCUAAGCCACAGGCACAUUUUGUUGUCUCAAAUUUGCUUGCAAUUUCCUCCUUUACAAUGAUCAAUGGGUGCGUUCGAUUAGCUUAGCCGGAUCGAUUCGGGCUAGCCCCGUGCCGUUCAAUUAGCUCUAACGUCAUUCUUGGGGCUCACCGGGGUCAGCCACCACAGACCCUACUCGUGGAGCAGAGUCAGUGGUGGAAAUCCGUCACACGCAUGCGUUGUUCAU